AUGAGUGACAACGGCAGCUCUUCUUCUUCCCCGUUCCUCAGGAAAAGAGGAACAGCAAAAGGCACCGGCCGUGUUUCGAAUAAUGCAGAAACGCGGGUUUUUGGCCCCAAAUUCAGAUCGCAAUUUGCAGUACCAAAAGGCAAGCAAAUAUCUCUGCUGGCCUUCGUGUUGAGUGGUAUCGCCGUUGUCAUCACCGCAAGUCUUAUGUUUCUGUUGGGGGUCAACAUCGUGAUUCAAUACCGCACCAUAGUGCCCGAAGAUCGCUCGGGACUUGUACGUAAGGCCUGCUAUAUUGUAUUGAGCGCCUCUGCGAUUUUCUACAUGAACAAGUUCAAUUACUGGUUCUACCGGAGAAUGACGACGUAUUUCACAAGCUCGAAAUACCAGGAAUUGCCAUCCGAGGAAAACUUCGAAAUGUCAUCGCACGCAUGA